CUCCUCUCGCCCACCACCGACCCCAUCCCCCCCCAACACGCAAGCCUCGUCGCCGUCGUCGGCUCCCGCCAUGGAUCCCUACAAGCACCGGCCGGCGAGCGCGGCCAACUCGGGCCACUGGACCACCAACUCCGGCGCGCCCGUCUGGAACAACAACAGCGCACUCACAGUCGGAGGCAGAGGGCCCAUCCUCCUCGAGGACUACCAUCUGAUCGAGAAGCUCGCGCAGUUUGACCGGGAGCGUAUCCCCGAGCGCGUGGUCCAUGCUCGCGGAGCCAGCGCCAAGGGCUUCUUCGAGGUCACCCAUGACGUUUCCCAGCUCACGUGUGCUGAUUUCCUCCGGGCUCCGGGGGUUCAGACCCCGGUUAUUGUUCGGUUCUCUACCGUCGUGCAUGAGCGUGGAAGCCCCGAGACCUUGAGGGAUCCGCGUGGUUUUGCGGUCAAGUUCUACACCAGAGAGGGUAACUUCGACCUUGUUGGGAACAAUAUGCCAGUGUUCUUCAUCCGAGAUGGGAUGAAAUUUCCUGACAUGGUCCAUGCCUUCAAGCCGAGUCCAAAGACCAACAUGCAGGAGAACUGGAGAAUAGUUGACUUCUUUUCACACCACCCGGAGAGCCUGCACAUGUUCACCUUCCUCUUUGACGAUGUUGGCAUCCCACUCAACUACAGGCAUAUGGACGGUUUUGGUGUCAACACCUACACCUUAAUCGGCAGGGAUGGAAAGGCUCACCUUGUCAAGUUCCACUGGAAGCCUACAUGUGGUGUCAAGUGCCUUUUGGAUGAUGAGGCUGUUACAGUUGGCGGCACCUGCCACACCCAUGCCACAAAGGAUCUGACUGAUUCUAUCGCAGCUGGUAAUUACCCAGAAUGGAAGCUUUUCAUUCAGACCAUUGAUGCUGAUCACGAGGAUAGGUUUGACUUCGACCCGCUGGAUGUCACCAAGACCUGGCCAGAGGAUAUCAUCCCACUGCAGCCUGUUGGACGGAUGGUCCUCAACAAGAACAUCGAUAACUUCUUUGCGGAAAAUGAACAGCUUGCUUUCUGCCCAGCAAUCACCGUUCCUGGCAUCCACUACUCUGAUGAUAAGCUGCUCCAGACGAGAAUUUUCUCCUACGCUGAUACCCAAAGGCACCGCCUUGGUCCGAACUAUCUGAUGCUCCCUGUGAAUGCACCAAAAUGUGCUCACCACAACAACCAUCACGAAGGCUUAAUGAAUUUCAUGCACAGGGAUGAGGAGGUGAACUAUUUCCCUUCAAGGUUUGAUCCGACUCGUCAUGCUGAAAAGUACCAUAUUCCUUCUCGUGUUCUAACUGGAUGCCGGGAAAAGUGUAUCAUAGAAAAGGAGAACAAUUUCAAGCAGGCCGGCGAGAGAUUCCGGUCCUUUGACCCUGCCAGGCAAGAACGUUUCAUCCAGCGGUGGGUUGAUGCACUCACAGAUGUUCGUGUCACUCAUGAAAUCCAGGGCAUCUGGAUCUCAUACUGGUCGCAGUGCGACGUGUCCCUCGGGCAGAAGCUGGGGUCACGGCUCAAGGUGAAGCCGAACAUGUAGAUGGACUAGCGGAGAGAAACAUCCACAGACGCACCCCAGUUGGUCUCAAUGGAGCUAAAGGGGAGGGGCAACAUGAACUGAAUCUGUGCUGUCUUUCUGGGUGUAGUCAUCAAUAAAAUGUAAAACACUGAUACGUACCAUACUAUCAUAUGUAAUACUGAUGGUGGUGGGUUUUGUGAACCAGCUCGCUGGUUCCUGGGAACAUGUGUUUGUGUCUUUGCAAAGAGAUAUAAUAAAGACAAUGUGAUUGUUUAA